CAGAUAGACAGAAAGACAAGAUGCAAAAAUCUGUGAUCAAUCGACCUCGGCCAAUAUCAAAAAUGUGGUCCUAUCAAGGAAACAGAAAAGUGGAUCAGCCGGGAGAAGGUCAAGCGAGCCCUUGUUUAGCAAACACCGGGCUGCUGCAGAAGAAAGGACAGAGAGAGAAGCUCCACAAAGUCGGCUGCCUCCUCAAACUCAUCAUGUUCUAUAAUUCACCAAAAGUUAUCUUUUCUGCCAACUGUAUGUCGUAUAUUGCAUUCCUGAUGCUCUUUAGCCACAUUCUGCUAAGCAAUUUUCAUCCGGAGUUCCGCAUCGCAGACACGAUCCUGUGUGCUUGGGUUUUCACCUUCUUUAUGGAGGAAAUUCGACAGAUGAUUACGCAUACGGGAAAAACGCUGCUGCGCAAAGUAGUGAGUUACCUCGAAUUCUGGAACACAGCAGACAUGUUUGCUAUCAUUGUCUUUGCGAUCGGAAUGACGCUGCGUCUUGCGCCUUUCAAGAACACAUUCAUGGCAGCGAGAGUUCUGCUGGCACUAGACCUUGUGCUGUUCUACAUGCGACUCCUGCACAUCUUCUUUGUCCACAAAGAACUAGGACCAAAACUUGUGAUGAUUGCUAGAAUGAUGAACGACCUCCUGUAUUUCAUCAGCAUCAUGGUCGUCUUUUUAAUUGCCUACGGCGUCGCAUCGAUGGCCAUACUCUAUCCAAACACGCCGUUCAGUGCCAGGCUUGUCAAGGGCGUCUUAUACAACGCCUACUUCCAGAUGUACGGAGAACUGUUUCUAGAAAGUAUCGAAGGUACGGACUGCAGCAGUAUCGCUGCAGUGUGGCAGACUGGUGCGCUGCCUCGCUGUCCUGAGCUGUCCAACGUCGUGCUGUGUCUGCUAGCUCUCUACCUUCUCCUGACCAACAUACUGCUGUUCAACCUUCUCAUUGCAAUGUUCAGGAAGCAAGGGGUGAAAGGAUGGUUGCCCAACUUGGUCAUAUGUGAAACGGGAGAGUCGACGUCUGGUUCGCUGUGGUCGUGCUUUAAAAGCUAG